CGAAAGGAAUGGAGGCGGGGCCUGUGCAGCACGGGGGCUGCGCAUAGCACCGGGCUGCUCCAUGUCGAGGAGGCUGCGGAGGAGCAAGAGGGUGGUGCUGGAAAAGCCGUGGCAGAGCCUGGAGGAGAGAGGCAGCGCGCAGCCGGACCCGCACCCUGCACUCGCCAGAUCCAGAACCUACGACGCCUCCACCUGCACCGAGACCCCGGAGGCGUCAGGUCGGCCAGGAUCCCUAAACCCGCUCAGCAAGCACUGUGCUGCCUUCCAUAAAGCCUUUGAGGAGAUCGCAGGGCGCGAGGCUCUGCUGGCCUGCUUCUCCUGCGCCUGGCAGCGCGAGGUGCCCUACCACGGCCGCCUCUAUGUCUCCUCCGGGCACCUCUGCUUCCACGCCAGUGUGCUGCUCAGGGACAUCAAGGCCGUUGUCCCGGUGGCUUCUGUCUGUGCCCUCAAGAAGACCAACACGGCACUGCUGGUGCCCAACGCACUCAGCAUCCGCACGGAGCAGGGGGACAAGUUCCUCUUUGUGUCGCUGCGCCGGCGUGAGGCCACCUUCCAGCUGCUGAAAUCGCUCUGCAGACACCUGCAGGACGACACCUGGAGCCCCCCAGCCUCUCCCCUCAACCACAGCACUGAGCAAAGCCCUAAGAAAUCUUUGACCUCGAGCCACUCAGACUUGGAGCAGUGCACCCCGGAGCCCGAUGGUCUGGAGCUGCAGGAUGAGCCGAACCCGAUGCUGAACAGAGCAGAGGAGGAUGAGGAAAAAGAGGAGGAGACGGCAGAGGCCAGUCCAGUUCUGGGCAGAGGGCGACCCCGCACAGCACUGCCAGCCCGAAGCGCCGCACAGCUGGGUGCUUUCAACACCAUCAUCGUGCUCUACCUGCUGCUGAUGGUGGCUUUGCUGCUGACCUCGGGGUACAUCGGGCUGCGCAUCCUGGAGCUGGAGCAGCAGCUGGCGGCCAUGGGGGCUUGGCCAGAGUUCAGCCUGGUGCAGCGGCACAAGAAGACGUGAGGCCAACAGGGACCUGGCUGGCACCGGGCCACCAGCACAUGGGACCGGCUCUGGGACCCCCCAGAAGGUGGGGAGGAGGAGGGGGGGUCCCCACGUACCUUCCAGCACCCCCAGGGAGCCCCCGCGGGCCGUGGGGCUCCAUCCUACCCCCUUCCCUCCAUGCUUCAGCCCCUGAGCUCAUUGUGUGAGCACUGAUCAGAGGGCAAAGCCAGAGCCAGGCCCCCGCCCUGGGAGGCAGCCACCCCCAGGGAUGCGGGCACAGCGGGGCCCGGUGGGCACAGGGAGAUGGAACUGUUUUUAUUAAUAAAGAGCUGACGUGGUGCUA